GGGCCAGUAAAAGCAUAUUGCAUUAUCUCACUCUGCAUAUCGCAAUUGCAUUGUAUUAUACCUGGGCAGUUCCUUAAGAAAUUUUUUUCCCUCCAGUUAUGUAACGUUAUAUAUACUCUCCUGUGAACUUGUUGCCAAAGUACAUUUUUGCGAAGGCCUUUAUCCACUUCCAACGAUUUUUUACUCUUGCAUUUGUGAAACUUACCAGGUUUUGGAUUUCACUCAUUAAUUGCAAAGAUAAUAAAAAAAACGUCAUUUUCACCAGCCCAUUUUGGUUUUCCCCUUUGACGCGCCCACAACAAAAUGGAUGCUAACAGAAUUGAAGAGCUGAAGCAGUUCGUAUCCCUCUGCAAGCAAGACCCGUCCAUUUUGCAGAAGCCCGAGUUUUCCUUCCUGAAGGAAUUUAUCGAAAGCUUCGGUGGGAAGGUGCCAAAGGACAAGGACUUUUAUGAACAAAUUCCAAGCGAAGAUAGCACCGAGGAAAAGUCCCUAAAUGAAGAAAAGGAAGAGCAAGAUGAUGAAGAUGAGGAGGAAGUAGAGGAAGAACAGGAGCAAGAGGAAGAAAAUGAUGAAGAUUUAAUGAAAGAAGAAACGAUUGAAUGCCCCCCUUUAGCUCCAACCAUAGAAGGAGAUUUAUCCGAAGAGGUGAUUGAAGAAAUCUGCAACUUGAAAGAACAAGCUGUAAAUUUAGUACAGGAAAAUAAUUUUGAAGAAGCCUUAGAAAAAUACAAUAAAAUAAUUUCCUAUGGAAAUCCAUCAGCCAUGAUAUACACAAAAAGGGCAUCCGUUUUGUUAAAUUUGAAAAGACCAAAGGCUUGCAUACGAGAUUGCACAGAGGCACUAAAUUUAAAUAUAGAUAGUGCCAAUGCUUAUAAAAUUAGAGCCAAGGCAUACAGAUUCCUGGGGAAAUGGGAAAGUGCGCAUGCAGAUAUUGAACAAGGGCAGAAAAUCGAUUAUGAUGAAGAUUUAUGGGAAAUGCAAAAACUGAUUGAAGAAAAAUACAAGAAGAUUUAUGAAAAGAGAAGGUACAAAAUUAAUAAGGAGGAAGAAAAGAAAAGGAAAAAAAGGGAACAGGAAUUGAAGAAAAGGUUGGCCGCUAAAAAGGCUGCAGAGAAGGCGUAUAAGGAUAACAGCAAGAGGGAAAAUUACGACUCGGACUCCUCAGAUUCGUCCUAUAGCCAACCCGACUUUUCUGGCGAUUUCCCGGGAGGCAUGCCAGGUGGGUUAGGUGGCGGAAUGGGAGGAGGGUUUCCCGGCGGAUUGGGUGGAGGGAUGCCAGGCGGGAUGGGAGGAGGAUACCCAGGUGGCUUUCCAGGCGGAUUAGGAGGUGGCAUGGGGGGAGGAAUGCCCGGCGGAAUGGGUGGAGGAAUGGGAGGAGGUAUGCCAGGCGGAUUAGGAGGCGGAUUAGGGGGCGGAUUAGGGGGUGGAUUAGGAGGAAUGCCCGGCGGAAUGGGAGGAGGCAUGCCCGGCGGAAUGGGGGGCGGAAUGCCCGGUGGCAUGCCAGACCUAAAUUCGCCUGAAAUGAAAGAGCUCUUCAGCAACCCGCAAUUCUACCAAAUGAUGCAAAACAUGAUGAGCAACCCCGAGUUACUGUCCAAGUAUGCCAAUGACCCAAAGUACAAGCACAUUUUUGAGAACUUAAAAAAUUCCGAUUUAGGAAACAUGGGGAAGCCCGGCGGAAACGGAAAAAUUUGAUUUUCCCCAAGGGCGUUAUGCCUCCCCACACGUAUGAAAGUUGUUGACUAUCUGAGCACACGUGUGUACGUCUGUACGUGGGUACAUGUACAUUAUUUUACCUUACUGCAAAUGUGAGAAAAAAAGCAUCGUCACCCCAUACGUAAAUUUCGCGCGCCGUGCCUGUGCUGCGCUAUGCUGAGCACCGUGCUAGUGAAGUGGCAUGCCCGGAUGAGCACCACACUAGCGAGGUGGCACACCGGCUGCACAGCGUACUAGCGUGCCCGCUUACUCCCCUGCGCGCAUGCUUAAACACGUGGGCAUGCAUAUAUAUACCUAUGUCAACGGUGUGCCCCUGUGCCAAGGCAUGUACAAAAAAACAAGCUAAAACCUACACGCUCUUUUUACUCACUCGUUUAACUUAUUCGUUUUUAUAAAACCCCUUUUUUUCCUUGCUGGAAAACUUGAAUGAACGAAGCGUAGCAGUAAAAAAAAA